AUGGAAAAUUAAAGAAUUUAAUCUUUUACACUAAAGAAAGGAGUAAAGAAAUUAAGCGGUACUACAUAUAUAAUUAACUAUUAAGAUGCUCCUCUAGGUUAAGGAUAAUUUGGAAAAGUAAUGAAAGCUUAUGAUUUAAAUAGAAAACAAUUAGAUCUAGCUGUUAAAAUAAUUCCAAAAAAUAAACUCAAAAAUAUGUAGAUAUCUAUUGAAAAAGAAAAAAGCGUUCUUGAAAAGCUACCAUAUUGUAUAAAUUUAGUGAAUUAUCAAAAAUUUUGUCUUGAGAGUAAUAAUAAUUACUAUUUUGUUAUGGAAUACUGCAAUGGCGGGUCACUUUAGGAUUUACUUUUUAAAGAUUUUAAAAUAUUAUCUGAGUAAGAAAUCAUUAAAUUUUUGGUUUAAUUCUUAAAUGGAUAUAAGGAAUUACUUAAGAAUAACAUAAUUCAUAGAGAUAUGAAGCCUUAAAAUAUUAUGAUCCAUAAUGAUACGUAUAAAAUUUGUGAUUUUGGAUAGAGCAAAAUUAUAGAAAAUUUUGAUGUUGAACAUCUCUAAUACAGUACUAUGAAUAGUCCAUUUUAUCAAUUUGAGAACUUAAUGUAAGAUUCAUAAUUAACGAAGGAUACUGAUGUCUUUUCUUUGGGAGUAAUAUUGUUUUAGAUGCUUUAUGUGAGUCCAAAUUUAAAAGACUGUUAGACUUAACUAAACAAAUAAUAAAAUAAAAAUGUUUAAAUUCACCCUCUUAUUGAUAUGAAUAAAAUAUACUAGGAAAAAGAAGAAAAGAUCUUUUUUAAGUUUAAAAAUUCUUUGAAAAACCUUGAGCAACAUGAUGCUUUUCAAUAUUUGGAUAGUUAUAUAUAGUCUUCAAAAAUAAAGCGAAGCAAUAUUAUGAUAGAUCUUCUCAAAUCUAUGUUAGAUAUUAAUCAAAAAAAGCGCAUUACAUUUGAUCAGCUUUUUUAACAUCCACUCCUGAAGGAACAUUUAAAUAAAAUUGACAAUAAAUAGUACUUAAUAAAUAAUUAUAUAGACUUACUUUCAUAUGAUUCGCUUUCUCCCCCUAAGGAAGAAGAAUUAAAGAAUGAAGAUUAUCAAGAUUUGUAAGACUCAAAAAUUCUAAAUCUCGAGGAACUCAAAAAAUGUUUAAUUUAGUAAAAAUUAGAAAUAUGUGAAAAUAUAAAGUAAGAACUCAAUAUAGAUUGUCCUCAAUUGUAAUACUUUCAAGAAAAAUAUAAUUAUUUAUAGCUUUAGAUGGCUUAAGUUCAAUAAAAAGAAAAUGAAAAUAAGGAUAUUAUUAUGGAUGAUGUUCAAUAAUAAAUUUAAAAUGACUAGUUAAAAAAUAAAGAAUUAGAAGAUUCAUAAUUAUAAGACUUAGAAAUCAUCAUCAAGCUAAGUGAAUCCAGACAGAACAAAUAAAAAGCAAUACAAAAGAUAGAAGAUAUCCUUCAAUAUUUCAGAUAGAUUUAUAUGAGCUAUAAAAAAAUUGCAUCGUAAUUAAUAAAAUCUUAUCACAUAGUUAAAUCAACUAGUUAACUUACCCAAACUAAUUUUACAAAUCUUUUUGACAAUACUGUGCUGCUAUCUCUUCUAAUCAUUAAAGAUGAGAUUUAAAAUCUGAAAAAUAGCUUUAAAAGUAAAUUAGAUUAGUUUUUCAAUUUAGGUGAUCCUAAAUAACAAUUAGAAGACAUUAUAAUAAUUACUGAUGAAGAAGUAGAAAUUUAUCAAAAAUCAGAUGAAAAGAAAAUAUUUUUCAAAAUUUUAGAGAAUGACCUUUAUGAAAUAUAAGACCUUUUAAAUAAUCUAAUGCAACAAAAUUAGUUUAAAUCUAUUUAGCAAUCUUACUAAUAAAUUGCCAGCUCUAUUGUUGUAGUAAAAGAAUAAUUUAAAGAGUUUAUAUUUAAGCUUAUCAAGCAAGGUAUAGAAGAAUUCGGAUUUUUAGAAUAAAAUAAUUAUUUUGAAUUCUAAAAGACGCUUUUAUAUCUGACCGAAGCUUAUAAGCAUGAAAUAAAUAAUUAACUUUACUACAAAUAAGAUAAAUUCAGCUCUAUAUAACUUUAGUUUAGAUUAGAGUAAAUAGAAAUUUCAAACAGUAAAUCACUAGAUUUAUUAAACUUUUGUGAAUAAAAUAAUAUAAGCAUCAUCGCUCAGACGGAUUGA